UCUACAAGUCUUCCCAAUUCCAUUCAUCCAUGAAACUCUCUACUGCUUCUUUGCUCGUUUUUGUCGCUCUCUGUGCUUCUUCUGUCUCUGCUUCUCCUUUCACUGAAGACAUUGCUGCACUUGAAGUCCAAAACGUUGAAAGGUCUGUUAAUGACACUCCUUUGUUGGUCAAACGCACUAAUUUCUGUCCUUGCAAAACGAAUGAUGCCCUCAUUCAUUCUCUUAUGGGCUCCAUCAAAGCUGAUCUUAAUGUCCGUGUAUUUUCGCUCAUUUCUUCUACUUUUUCUGAAAAGGCCUUUGAUUCUUUAAAUAUUGCUUCUAUUCUCCUUGGCUCCUAUGAAUUGAGUGAUGCAAGCCUCAAGUUGAUUGAAUCGUCUUUUGCUGCUACUUUGAAAUCAACCUUUAGUGCUACUUUGAAUGCCCAAAUCAAUGCUAAAAUCUUUGCCAUUCUCGAAUCUAGUCUUCGCAAGAAAUGUGGUAGUAAGACUUUAACCGACGCUCAACUCAUUGCCAUCUUGGCCGAGAUCUAUGCAGAAGCCAACAUCUUGAUCAAGACUCAACUUCCAAAGAUUGGUAGCACGCUUCAGACGAAAGCAGGUGGCUGUGUCAGCUCUGGUAUUACUACUAUCAAGAAGAAAAUCCCUGGCAAAGGAAAGGCAAAAGGAAAGUCUAGAGGAAAAGCUCGUGCAAAAGGUUUGAAGUCUGCUAAACUUAAUGCUGCUUUAGCAGCUAAUUUUAGCGCAAAAUCAACUGUCAAUGCCUCCAUUGACAAAGGUCUUAAGGGCUGUAACAAUUGGAACCAUCAAGCUCUUGCUAAGAAGAUUGUUCUUACUCUUUAAAUCAAAUGUAUUCUAUAGUUACUUUAUAGUUUCUAACAAUGUACCAUCGUUUGUUCUCCCUAUUGUUCUUUUUCUCAAUUGUUUUUAUUUCUUGCGAGAUCUCACGUUAGAUAUAAAAAGACGAGGC